UUUUCGUCCUCUCUCUCUCUCUCUUUCUCUAAAACCUCAAAAACAGAAAAAAAACGCCCAUGGAACCCAAUGAAACCCAACAACACUACUUCACCACCAACACCACCACCACUGUCACCACCACUCCGUCACCGACCAAUGGGCUGCUGCCACCUAGCGAGAGCGGGGGGUCCCACCACAUGGUGUACCCUCACCCCAUGCCUUCGGCUGUGACGUCCCCGUUGGAGCCAGCUAGGAGGAAGAGAGGGAGGCCUAGGAAGUAUGGCACUCCGGAGCAGGCCUUGGCCGCGAAGAAAACGGCGUCGUCGAGCUCCAAGGAACGGAGAGAACAGCAACAGCAGCAGCACCAGUUGGCUCUGGGUGGCGGCGGUGCUUCGCUUUCUGGGUUGUCUAAGAAGUCUCAGUUAGUUGCUUUAGGUAACGCAGGUCAAGGUUUUACUCCACAUGUUAUCAAUGUAGUUGCAGGAGAGGACGUGGGCCAAAAAAUAAUGAUGUUCAUGCAACAAAGCAAGCGUGAAAUAUGUAUUCUGUCUGCAUCUGGUACGAUCUCCAAUGCAUCUCUCCGCCAGCCAGCAACAUCAGGUGGUAACAUCACAUACGAGGGCCGCUUUGAGAUCAUUUCACUCUCUGGAUCCUAUGUACGGACUGAAACUGGAGGGAGGACUGGUGGGCUCAGUGUAUGUCUAUCAAGUGCAGAUGGCCAGAUUAUUGGAGGAGGAAUUGGUGGACCUCUAAAGGCUGCAGGCCCAGUUCAGGUUAUAGUUGGUACAUUUGUGAUUGAUAACAAGAAGGAUGUUAGUGCUGGUGCAAAAGGUGAUGCCUCUGGCAGCAAGUUGCCAUCUCCAGUUGGUGGGACUUCAGUAUCUAAUGUUGGCUUUCGCUCGGCUUUUGAAACUUCGGGAAGAAAUCCAAUCGGGGGAAAUGAUGAUCAUCAAAGUUUCGGAGGAAGUCAUUUCAUGAUGCAACCACGGGGCAUGCAUGUGGCACCUCGGCCCUCAGAAUGGAGGAGUGGUCUAGAUGAUAGAACUGGUUUUGAGUUGACAGGAAAAACAGGUCAUGGAGCUCAUCAAUCUCCAGAAAAUGGGGACUAUGAUCAAAUCGCAGAUUAGAUAUUGGUUUUUAUGGAUGAAAUUCUGUUUUGUGGUAGAUGUUUAUAUCCCAACUUUUUUUUUUUUACAGAGCAAAUAGAUGUACAACUCCUUGCACCUUUCCCGGAGUGUAAUAUGAUAUAGCUGUACAGGUCGGCCCAUUACUCUUUUGUUAGUUGAUACUGAUUAGAGUAUGCCCCAUAAAUUAAGGAGAUGGCCUUUAAAAAUCCCAGUCCUUUGCUUAGUUGUUGAAAUGCUUUCUA